GCGACUCUUGAUAACAGGUUGCUAAAUGGUUUGUGUGCAACUUGCUGCUCAACAUUAUGGACAAGGAGCAAGCACCUUUGAGCAGCUUUUAAAAGUUACUGGGCCCCUGCUACAUGACUUUCUAUUAAGAUUGGAUAUGGAACUAGAUGACGAUGAUUUCGAUGUUGACUUAAGCAUUGCUGUGAUAUCAUAUUUGGUAUCUAAAGAUAGAAGUGAGAGUGAUUUUACACCAUGGAUGGAAGAAGCAAAAGAACAAAUUUAUAAUGCAGGUUUAAAGAAAGAUUUUUCGCAUAGUGCACCUGUUGUGCCUGGUCUGCUGAGACUGUUAAAAGACUGUCUGCUGACUCACAGAUGGGAAGAUGCACUACGGGUUGUACAAAGUGUAACCAAGGAGCACUCUGGUACUGCAUCAGCUAUAUGGAAGGGUGGCAGUGAAAUCCUGUAUGCUGAUGGAGAAAGUAAUUCUCAUUUACUAGAACUACUUGUUAAUCAGUUGAAGAAUCUGACCUCUGAAUACAACUACAAGGGUGUGAUUCUAGAGUAUGUGUUCUAUCUGCUGCACCAGGGAAGGACAGCUGAGGCAUUGGAGCAGAUGAAGUUUAAAAGUAUUACCAGAGGCCUCAAGAAGACCCCAACUGAUCAAAGCAGGUACCUCGACCUGCAGUACACUUUGUAUCAGGGCAUGGUGUACUAUACCUUGUGGUUGCAGGCAAAGCAAUAUAUGGAGAAGCUGAAGGAGCAGGAGGAUGGUGACCCAUUGCUUCAUGCAUCAGCAUUGACAUGGGAUGAAGAAUAUUUGCAGAGUCAUGCAACCAGAGCCAUUGAAGCUUUUAGAAAUGUAGAAACACAAUAUGGGGUGUGGGAUAUCUUUGUGACUAAAUACGUUGAGUUGCUAGAGUUUACAGAGAAGACUGAAGAUGCAUAUCAAGUUUUGAAAGUUUAUAGAGAUCACCAUGAUGAAAACCCCAAUGCACAUAAAAUGCUAUACAAAUUCAUGAAAAGGCAAAAUGCAAAUAGAGGAGAUAAACUCAAGGUUCUUCAGGAUUAUGUUAAGCUGGUGCCUUCAGAUGAAUUGGUGCUUGAACUGUGUGAUUUGCUGGAAGAAAAUGCAACUGAUGCUGAAGAUAAUUUAUUGACAGGUGAUCUCAUACGAAAGGUGCUUCAGCUGCUUUUUAACAUGCUUGACUAUGCUUGUUGGCAGAACUUUGAGCCACCUUGGAAAAAGUUAGAGACACUAUUGGAAAAACUGGGAAAAGAUGACAUUCCCAGUGUAGAGAAAGUUUGGAGUCCUAGGCAUGACUGGUGGCCUGCAUAUCAUUUCACAUCUUCCGUGAUACAAACAGCAGACCAAAACUUGCUAGUGUGCAAAAUGAAACUUGCCCAUCUCCUCCUUGGGGCAGGAAACACUUUUGGUGAAGAAGCAAAGAAGAGUUUGAAUGAAGAGAAUUUAAGACACAUGGAGGAAUUUGUAUGUCACAGACAGAAUCUUGGUGUAGUUUUCCACAAAAAGUGACAAAUGCUGACUGCAGGAAUCGAAAUCUACAUCAACAUUAAAUUCACAUAUAUCGCGAGAAAUUUGCACAAGAAAUGUGCCACAGAUCAUGAACUAAAAAAUCAUUUCUAUGGAAGAUGAACAAGUGAUCCCAGAGAAAGAGGUGCUACUGCUAAGAAUAACGCAGUUGUUCUCCAAGUUGCAAACUACUUAGAGGCCUUGUGUACAGUGCCAAAUGAAAGUUGGACUUGGGCACUGCAAUAAACACGACCCUGGGAUUUUCAAUUUCAUUUAAUAAUACUAAAUCCUUUUGGGCUGUAAGAUGUUGUGAGACACUGGACUUUAAAACAUAUGAUGUUUGAAGAAGAACGUAUAUUUUUAAUUUGUGAGAAAGUGAGAUUAAGAGAAUCCAGUAAAGGCAAAAAAGAAAGUACACAAUUUGUUCUUGGAGUAAUAUAACAAACGGUCAAAAGAACCAACCUCAUAUCCAUCUGUAGGCAUCGAUUUUCAAUAACCGACAGGAAAUGAUGAAUAUGUGCAUGAUCAUGCACUUAUUGUCCCACGAAUCACAGUAUAAACUUGGGAGUUGUAAUAUCUUGUUCCAUGCACGUUAUAAUACGAGGUUCUGCACAAGAACAUUUAGAUGUUGGCUUUGAUAAUGCAGACUUAUUAUACAUGCUUCUAAAAGUCAGAAAAUAGUAAUUACUUUAUGCAGUGAUCAGUGUGAAUAGGAUCCAUUUUCGUGAUUUUCCAUCACCUUUUUUUAACUUGUCAUCAACUUAAUAUAGUACCAAAUUCAACUAUUUACAUUUUUUCACUCAUAAUGUGACAUUUUGAAAAACAUUAAAAUGGUCUAACUUCAGUAUAAAAGAAGACUGAUUAAAAUGUUAUGAUCAGCAAAAGAUGUAUAAAAUCUUUCUUCAAAAUAUAUCCUCUUUAAUAUUAAAAAAAAAAAAAAAAAAAAAAAAAAAAAAAAAA